AUGGAGCUGCUGAAGAUGUUGCCGUGGCGCCGUGCUUUCCUGGCAGUUAUCCUGAACCUGCUGGCACUCAGCCUCUCCACCACCGCCUUGCUCAGCAGCUACUGGUGCACCGGGACCCAGAAAGUGCCCAAGCCUUUGUGUGGGAAGAGCAAAGACUCCAAGUGCAUCGGUGUCCCCAUGACACCUGAUGCAGCUGCUAGCAAUGCUUCAGCCCAGGAGGAGGUGCAUUACAGCUGGGAGACCGGGGAUGACCGCUUUUCCUUCAGAUACUUCCACACGGGGAUGUGGCUUUCCUGUGAAGAGAGCAUGGAAGGGCCAGGUAGUGUCUUGCACAGAUGGCCACAGCUUUUUCCCUUGCUUUUACUCCACAGAAGUUCAGAAUUGAAAGAGGAGAAAUGCCGUAGCUUUAUUGAGCUUUCUCCACCAGCAGAGAGAGGAAUCCUGUGGCUGUCACUGGGGUCAGAGAUGCUGUACAUCAGCCUCUUGCUCAUCAGCUUCAUCCUCCUGAUGGUGGAAAUGCUGCACACUGGCAAUCCUGUCUGUGGACUGAAGCUCAAUGCCUUUGCUGCUGUCUCCUCAGUGCUGUCAGGUAAGUGUGUUACUGUUUCUUUACCAGGUCUCCUUGGGAUGGUGGCACACAUGAUGUACAGCCAAGUCUUCCAAGCCACAGUUAAUCUGGGACCAGAGGACUGGAGGCCACACACGUGGGACUACGGCUGGGCUUUCUACAUGGCCUGGACUUCCUUCACCUGUUGCAUGGCUUCUGCUGUCACCACUCUCAACACCUACACGAAGACAGUGCUGGAGUUCAAACGCAACCACAUCAAGGGCUAUGAUCUGAGCUUCAAGGAUCAGCCUCAGCACCACCAGUACUUCAUACAGCAGCAAAUAAGCAGCUAUUAUGGGUCUCGAGACAAACCCCUCCAUUCAGUGUCCGAGGGAGUUGAUUUCUACUCUGAGCUGCAGAAGAAAGUGCUGCAGCGGGAACCAGAGCUGGACCUGGAUGAGGUCUUGGGACAGACAAUUGGAGAAGAUCAGUGUUAGGGAUGAACACACAGGGGCUGAACAGUGGGGUUUGGGAAGCAAAAAGCUCUGAACCAAACACUAACACCACUAUUAGCAAGUUCCUGGGGAGCUCUUCCUUCCUCUAAUGUUCAGGGGGUGAGAAGAAGAAAAGUCAGGCACUGGAACAGGGCAACAGCAGUGCCAAGAGGAGGCAAGGUAGGUCCUCUCUGAUCACAGCUGAAGGGUUUCUUCAGCUGGGAAGGAUGAAACUGGGGGUAAAUGUCAUUGGUGCCAUCUGUAUCCAAGCGUCAGACAAAACUGAGGCAGGUGCCCUAAUCCCAACAGCACUGCAUUAAGGAAAAGAUAGACUCAGCCCAACCCAGCUGGCAAAUUGCACUGCUGGGCCUCUUUGGGUGGAGCCACAUUGCCAUUCCAGCAACCUCUUUGGUUCAGUGCUAAGAUGUAGGGCAUAGGUGCUCAUACUGAGUUGCUGUAGUCCUCCCUGAAGAUCCCAUUCACUCUUCAUUUGCAGGCCCAGUCUCCUGUCCCACCCCCAGAUUAAAAGUGCUGCUGGAGUAGAAAUGGGAGGUUGCUUUCAAACAUCUCCUUCUUUCUCAUCUGAAAAGGCUCCUAUAUGCACUCUCCUUGCUUUGCCCCCUCCAGCUCCCACUCUGAGAUACUUUCCUGUCUGACUUUCUAUUGUGCUUCUCCACAUCCUUUAAGAAUCCUAGGAUGAACUUCUGCUUUUUUGUUUCUCUUCACUUGUCC